GAGGAUACCGGCGUGUCGAGAAUAGGCGGUGCGGAGAAGAAGGAGGACGAGGACACCAAGGUGGAUGACCUGGCGCUGCUCUGGGAGGACACCGAGCAGCAGAAGUUCUACGAGGACCUCUGCGAGCUCAAGGACGUGAUCCCGGCAGUACUGCUGAACUCCGGCAAGGGCCAGGCUCCCGCAGAAGCGCCGGCUGCUCCCGCCGCCGGCGGCGAAGACGGCAAGGACGUGAAAGCGGAGGAGAAGAAAGAGGAAAAGAAGCCAAAGGAGGAGAAGGACGCGAUGGUUCAGUCGGACUUCGAG